AGGGCACUUGUUGAACCACGCUCUCGCUUUCGUCUUGAUAAUGAUCGAUUCGACGAGAUUUUAGAUGUAGAUAAUAAUAACGAAGAGGAGAAUAAAACCGUCUUCGAAGAUCGCUUAGGUCACCAAAUAAUUUACAGAAACGGAUAUACAUGGUAAUAAAUACUACAACUAAAUAACCAAUGUCAUAAGCACCUAACAUCGUCCACGUUUAAACGCAUUUAGUCGCGAAGAAAUACAUUUUGCGAGAUUAGGUUAAUCGAAGCUUUAAUUUGCUUCAAUUUAAACACAGGUGCUUGCGAUGUGCAAAUGUUUUUUUCGACCCUUUCUGUCAACUGUAUUAUUUGACCGAGAAAAUGAAAUUCAUUUUCGUUAGAUUGCAUUCCCAAUUUCUCGACAUUGACUGUACAUUCGACGAUAAUAUUUCGGUUGUAUCUGUAAACGCAUAGCAAAAGUUCGCAAGUAUAUUUCAAAUUUGCCCGGUUUCGUAUCCACAGAUACGGCAGUGGAGUACCGACGAAUCGCAGGCUACUACUAGAAAAUAUCCCUAGGAAUCGAAAGAUAUCACUCUGUGCAAGUGGUAAUAUCGAUUGUGUUUACCCCCUCUUCCGCGUUCGUUGCUCCAUGCCUCCUCGUUUGGCGUAUUCCACUGUCCAGUUGUGAAGUAACGAAGCGGUUUCGGCGAAUGUGUCGCGUCGUGUGCGGGUUCUAUUGUGUUUCUGAAUGAGUUUAUCAUCGAUCAAGUACGUGAGAACGACACGGUACGGUACGGUGGCUAUCGUUGCAGUGGUUAGUGUAACGAUGUCGAAUGGUGAGCGAUGACACGCCCGUGAAAAACGAUAGCGACGGUGAUCCUUUGAUCGACCAGGAGCAAGUCGGACGAAACGGAAUAACGUGAGAGGAUCGUUCUUUUUUUUUGUGAAUUUCUGUGACACCAACACCAAAUGAAACAUGCUUCAACCACGAGCUCCGUGCAUCCGACGGUAACAAAGAAUAAAGGAAUGGCUAGUUUGAUGGUAACUACAUCAAGUAAGAAUAGCUCUCGCAGUACAUCACCGAACAGAGGAAGUACGUUAACUUCGCCGCAACAAUUAUCAGCUAUUUUGGAUCAUCCGCCAAAAGCACGUAAUGCUUCACUCUCCCAAACAGGGGAGGGUAGUACAGGCAGUGGAAGUAGUGGUGGUGGAGGUAGUAUCACUAUGAAAGGUAGUAGGCAAAAAUCACCAGGAACCGUGAUUCGAAUAGGAGAUGCUAUGGAUGAAGCAACUACCAGUUUAAUCACUGCCGAACCAGAUGAGUUUGUGCCAAAUAUUCACCCACCAACUGAUGAUGAAGGAGAACAGUAUCAUGCAACUCAAUCGUUCCUGUCGAAUGGAUCCUCCGAACUAAUAACUGAUGAUGUUGAUUCAAAUUCUGCUCGUGUUUCUCAAGCUAUUGAGCAUAUCCAAAGCAAAAUUGCUAAAACACGAGAACUGAUAAGAAUAGAACAAACUACACGUGAUGAAAAUGUAAAUGAAUAUUUAAAAUUAGCUGCUAAUGCCGAUAAGCAACAGCUUACUCGAAUUAAGGCAGUAUUUGAAAAAAAGAAUCAAAAAUCAGCGCACAGUAUUUCUCAACUUCAGAAGAAAUUGGACAGUUACACAAAGAAGUUAAAAAAUUAUGAAUUAAAUGGAGCACCUGCAAGUCAUAGACAACCUAGGGAAGUACUUCGUGAUAUGGGCCAAGGGCUUAAAAACGUGGGUGGCAAUAUUAGGGAUGGAAUCACUGGUUUUUCAGGGACUGUUAUGUCAAAGCCACGGGAAUUUGCACAUUUAAUAAAAAAUAAAUUUGGCAGUGCCGACAACAUAAACACAUUAUCACAUGGCUCGACUUUUUAUGUAAACGAUACACCGCGUGCAGGUAAUGGAGAUAACGCUAGUGUUGAAGAUGAUAAAGCACACCAUGGCUCUGCUACGCUUCCCGGUGGAUGUAGUUUGGGAUCAACUCAUAGCGCAGCAGCAAUGAAAUUUCCAUCAGAAGAAGGUUCAGAGUGUUCUAGUGUUACAAGUGAAAGUGGACCUGGAAGUAGAGGACAAGCACACACGUGCGACAGUAACAAUGCUGGACUUAGUCUUAAAUCUAUAUUCCUGGAGCUACAAGAGUACAGAGAAAAUUUGGACAGAAUGAGGGAAAAAUUGGAAGGUUUAAAGACUUUACAACAAGAGGUGACAUUUCUUUCCCAUGCAUUGCAAGAGGAACGUUUCCGAAGCGAGCGUCUAGAAGAGCAAAUUAACGAUCUAACGGAGUUGCAUCAAAAUGAAGUAGAAAAUUUGAAGCAAACCAUUACGGAUACGGAAGAGAAAGUGCAAUACCAAAGUGAAGACCGUUUAAGAGACAUACAUGAAAUGUUGGAGAGUUGUCAAACAAAAAUUUGUAGAAUGGAACAUCAACAGGCACAACACCAACAGUAUGUCACUCUUGAAGGUUUAGAUAAUAGCAAUGCGAGGGCAUUAGAUGUAAAACUCAUAAACAUAGUAUUAACAGUGUUGCAAGUUAUACUACUUGUUGUUGCAACAUGUGCUGGUAUAAUGACGCCUUUUCUAAGGACCAGCUGUAAUAAGCCUCAUUGUUUCAUGUCCAGGGUGCGCAUAAUAACGACAACGAUUGUUGUAUUGGGCAUAGUGUUCGUGCUCAAUCAGUGGCCUGAGGUAUACGAUGUUGGCAGUCACCUCAUGCGCCAUCUUGUUCAGAUGCUCACCGAGAUGAUUAGACGUUAAGUAGCAUCGGUGGUAUACUUAAAUUUACUAUACCCUGUGAUGAAGAAAAGUUGUACACAAUGAUCAACAUUUUGGAUCCGUUUAUCAGUGCUGUAGUUUUGGAGCAAUAAUAGCAGGUAUAUGCGCAGACGACUUUAUACCUAUACUAAGAGCUGACGAUAUAGUGAGGUAGUAAACAUAGCAGGUCUAAACAAAGAGCUUCUUUCACCGGUUCUGUACAGCUAAGAUCUUCGGAUCUCAAGGUCGGCGCUCAGUAUCUGAAAAGUCUACUUCUAAAACUGGUAUAAGAAGAGAAUUUAUUUAAAAAGAGGCCUUCUUUCCACAGCAUUGGGCGAGGUAUCUUUUUUUCCUGCUAGGUUACUACCUCACUGUAUCGUUACUUCUAAGUAUACCUCGAACUCGAGAUCAUAAUCACCAUUACUGUACUAGAUUGAAUGAGUGGUGAAGACUAUUUGAUACUGUUGACAGAAUUAUAAAAAAAAGCAUAUUUUGCUGUGCAAAAAAUGUUUCGCUUAGAAAAAAAAAGAAGAUUUUUUAGGGAAGAAAAAUGUAAAAGCAUCUUCAUUCUUUAUAUGUAUAUUUAAUUUCACAUCUCCCUAUUUAUCUGAUGAAUUUUAUUUAAAAAUGAACGUUCGAUGCAAUAACUGCAUGUGUGCAAGUAGUAAGAAAUGUUUAUAAUUUAUAUCAAAAUAAAAUAACUGUUAUGGAACAUAAAGGGGACAAAAACGUAGGAUGCUAUACACUGAUAUUGCUUGAUUAUAUGCGGCAGAUUGUUAGAAGAAUUUAUUCCGGUAAUAGUAACGUCAAGUAAUGAUCCACGUUCACUUUUACAUAAGUCAUUGAUUAAAGCAAGAUUAGAAGAAAUUAUUGAAUAAGUGAGUGCACUCACUGAAAGCUAGAUGAAAACGUGUUUUAUCAUCGGUGUCUGUGGACGGUGCCUUUAUAUUGAAAUUCAAGUUAAUACGUUUCAAUGAUAAAUAAUGGAAACGCGUCAUUUACAAAAUACACGAUUCUAAACCAAAUGUUAAUAAUUAAAAACGUCCAUUUAUUAAACAAUAAUGUAAAUUAAGAAAGCAGAUACUUCCAUUCAAUGUAGAUAUUCUUUACUAUGAACUUAUAGUCUUCUAUAUGUCAUUCACAGACUUACUUGUCAUUCAUGAGAACUUAACAACUGUUUAGAGUAUAAACAAAAAGUGUAUAUAUAUAACAGCAAAUAUCAAAAGAGGACCAACAUGCUCCCUUCCUCUUACUACUUAAUUGUAAUUUUAUUCGUGUAUGAUGUAAACGUGAUACGCGAUAGAAAAUAAACGAAUAUUUGGCUUUUUUAAUAUUGCACCGUUCAAGAGUGCGUUGAACCUCCACAGACACAAGCAUGCGCAUACAUUAUAAUGGACAUAAAGAAAUGAACCAUGACAGAUAUUGAAAUGAGAGAAAGACUGAUGGACUACAUCGCUGUUACAAUUGUGAAUAAUUUAGUAUUGGUGACAAUUUUAUGUUGUUAAAUGACCGAAAUAUCGAAACGAGUUGAAAAAAAUGUAAGAAAAAAAAAUAAACAAAGCAAAACAACAAUCGCAGAAAUGUACAAUUGUAAUGUGGAGAAAGAGAAAACAAAGUUAUUUUUAAUUUAACAUACAGGUGCUCAAAUCUGUGAGUGUGUAAAAUAAAUUAUUCGUCUACAUAAAUCUCUUUUUUUAGUAUGUCGUCGCUAUUUAAUAGCGGAGUAUAGCUUAUUUUUUGUUAUGUUCCCUAGUUUUUGUCUUUGUAGCUUUUAUCACCGAUUACAGUAUCAAUAAACACGAACUUUUCAGCAA